UAUGGCGCGCCUGCCAUUGGUUAGAGGUGUGUAAGAUUGUGAAUCUAGUGGGUUUAUCUUAUUUUGACUGAUAUUUGUUUUGAAUUUAAUUAUAAAGUUGAUAAAAAUUAAAGGAUAUUUUAAAGUGUAGGAUUGAUGGUGACCGGUGAACCAAACUCUUCUUCGUAAGGACAAGAACAAGCCCUUCACCACCUGUUGUAAAUAGAACAUAUGGAAGCCCGAAGGGGUGAAUCUUUCCUCUGAGCUUCUCCAGCAGGUCACAAACUGGACUCGAUCGUCACAAACGAGGCUCAUGAAACCAGUCAGAGAGAACGCGAAACAGAACAGAAAAUGGAUCAAGCCAGAAACAUAUAUAUGCAGUAUGAGGGCUGUAUUACUGGUGUCCGUAAUAGCGAUCCUCGAAGCGCAUUUGACCGAGGACGUCAUACACCUGUCAGAAGAGAGACACUUGGUAUCUUGCGUGGUCACCAUCGUGCGUCAACACUACGAGCUGGGCAGAACCAUCCUCAUCUCCAGCCUUGUAGGUGACGACGACUUAGCGAACACCGUGAUUCAGACCAUGCACGGGUUCGAACUAUGGCCUCUUAGCGUGUUACAGCAAAGUAAUAUCACUGUGCUGCCACCUACCAUAAAUGACGAGAAGAUAAGAAGUUACAUUUUGUUCACGCGGACGGCUGAAGACUUGGUACUUCGAGUUGAAGAACUGUCGGACGCUGAAUCAUGGGAUAGUCGAGGGCGGUUCUUGGUCGUGGUCACUGCUGAAGUGCUGAUGCCUGAACAGAUGGCACUUUCCAUUGUUCAGGUACUGUGGGACGCAGCCAGGAUUCUGAACCUGGUGGUGUUGGUUCAUAAUGGCACAGUGAUAUACUUGUACACCUGGUUUCCAUACACAUCGCAUGAAGACUGUGAUGACGUCAAAGAUGUAGUUUUAAUAAAUCGGUGGGUCAUGGAAGAGGAAGGCGGCUUUGUCAGGGAUGUAGCUUUAUUCCCGUACAAGUUCCCUUCUAACUUUCAUGGCUGCCCUUUUAAAAUGUCAGCCGGUUUCAGGGAUCAGGCUGAGGACUUGUUCGUCAAAGAACAAUUUCGGAGAUUAAAUAUCACAUGCAACUACGUAAGCGAAAUUCCACUAAACGCGUCUAUCCGUUAUAAAGUCGAAACGAGUAUUACGGACGCGGCAAUGGGCAAUUCCGAUAUGUCGUUCGCGGGCCUUCCACUUCUGGAAGAAGCAGCCCGAUUUGCAGACUAUUCUUUCCCGUAUUAUGUCGUCAAGUACAAUUGGUUUGUACCUUGCCUCAAGCCUUUCUCGCGGCUCCAGCGGAUUUCAAACAUAUUCUCAGUCUCUGUGUGGAGUGCCAUGGUAAUCGUAUUUCUCCUGGUCACGGUAGCUUCCUGGUGGCUGGCAAAGGGAGUCGACGAAGUCCCCUCCUACACGUCUUUCUCAAGUUCCUUGUUCAAUAACUGGGCUGUCAUGGUAGGGGUUAGUGUCACAGAGAUGCCGAGAAAAUUCACGCUGAAGUUGACGUUCCUUGGUUUCGUCUGGUAUUGCUUCGCCAUGAGUACAGUUUUUCAGACUUUCUUUACGAGCUUCUUGGUAGAUCCAGGUUACCAGAAGCAGUUGACGACGUUGGAAGAAAUUCUUGAAUCGGGCAUGGCAUUUGGAUACAGGAAUGACUUUGAUAUACAUUAUGACGAGUCAUCGGACUGGAGGCAUAAAGAACUACUUUCAAAAAGGGAAGAUUGUUCGCCAGAGAUUAUGUGCAUUGAUAGAAUCCGUGAGACUGGAAAUUAUGCCACUCUUUCUGAAGAGUGGCUGGUACAGGAUUACACGAAUUUUAUCAAUGACCACAGUUUCAUUUGCCCUCUCAAUGACGACGACACAUUUUUUAUCUUAAUAAGUUUUUACUUUCCGAAAGGAAGCUUUCUACUUGAAUUCAUAAACCGGUUCAUCUCAUCUAGCACCGAGUCUGGAAUGAUCGUGAAGAUGGACAGAGACAGAAGGUAUAAAAACAAAGACGUCCCGGAGCCGGGGAACGUAUUUGGAGAGUAUUUUAUCUUUACUCUGGGUCAUCUGAGCGUUGCGUUCUAUAUUCUUUUAUUUGGACACAGUCUGAGUCUCCUUCUGUUCAUAGGCGAACUCCUCUACCACAAGAAAUUCAUAAAGUUAUAAUUCUUGUAUAUCUGACAGCGUUAUAACGAUUUAUGAAAUGUUCGCCUACCUCGUCUGUUGUGGCACGUUUUCAGUUUGACAUUUGGAUUUGUGAGAAUCACCCACCCAAUUACUUUGAAGGUCAAAAAUGCACGUAAGGCUACGUGCAACGUGCCCCGCUAUUCCUUUCAUAUUUUGAACAAACUGAAAAUAUGUUUAAAAAUGUAAUGAAAGCACUCAAAUGUAAAAUUUAACGAAAAUCUGUUGAGUCGGAUGGCCAAGGCAGUUUUAAUUGGCACUCCGCACGGUUGCACGUAAAAAUGGCCCACCCAUGUGUUCAUUCCAAUGUGCGUGACUCUUGUUUAACACUGCUUUAUACGAAUGGCUUUAGUAGCAGGACAACUGAACUUUACUUCGUCGUUUUGUGUGUAGUAGUUGGACUUGGGUUUUAAUUCGGACACUCUGUAUUAACUCUUUAGAACUUUAUUAUGUAUUCUCUGAAGAUUUUCGGAGGAGGCUGACAGCGUAGAGAAUAAAUGUUAAUAAAGAGCAGUAUCAGUUGA